UCUCUCUCUCUCUCCAGCAGACAAAGUAUAAGAGAUCCAAGUGUCACCAGCACCAUGAAUGACAUGGAGAACGAGUAUAACCUGUACGGGAAGAUCAAAGGGUUCAUCGACGCAAAUGAACUCGAGAGUUGGGGGCUUGAGGAGGUCAUGUCGGGUGGCUACUGUGAGUCAAGCUUCCCUGAAGCUGCCACAUCCUUGGCAGCCACGAGGAACAUUUCCAUGGAGAGGAGCCGGAGAAGGAAGCUCAACGAGAAGCUGUACGCUCUCCGUAGCGUCGUCCCCAACAUCACCAAGCUCGAUAAGGCGUCGAUCAUCAAAGACGCCAUCGAGUACAUUCAGCAGCUUCAGGAGCAAGAGAGGACGGUGCUGGCAGAGUUAUCUCAGCUCGAGUCACUUAGAGAGAAGAAAGCAUCACUUGGUGAGCUUGAGUUCGAUGAUCUACAUUUCCUGCAGCGAAAGAAGAAGAGAAUUGCUCUUGGUUCGCCGAUCUCUUCGUCCAUUGAAGUAGUGGAACUCAGGGUGCGUGAAAUGGAUGAGAAGACAAUGAUGGUCAGCAUCACUUGCACCAAGAAGAGGCACACCAUGAUCAAGGUCUGUGAGCUUUUUGAAUCCCUUGACCUCAAAUUCAUCACGGCCAACAUCACCAGUGUCUCGGGAAGCAUAUUGCACACACUGUUAGUUGAGACUCAAGAAAUGAACGGCGCUCAGCUGAAGGAAAAGAUUACGACUGCAAUUUCAGAACUUCAUGGCUCAAGGAACCCCAUAAGUUACAUCGAGUAAUUGACACCGAGGGUUCAAUGAAGUUGUCUUGGCCUCAGAAGCUUUCUUCAUUCUUCUUAAUCAUGAAUUCACUGGGAAAAAUUAUAUUUUUAGAUGAUGAUAAUACCUAUCUGUUUCCCCAGGCGUCACAUUCUGAAACAAGUUGUGUACUGUUGAAGGAAGACAGGUAUAGCUUGAGAUGAUGCUUCAAGGAUUCAACUUUUGUGAUGCUCCAACUUUAUGUCAAAGUCAUGCAGACAUCAGUCUUGGAAGGAUGCAUUCUGUUUUCUUACGUGUGACUCAAAACUUAUAUGUAGUUUGUGAAGGCUGUUUAUGAUUUAGCUUAUGGAAAACACAAACAAGGAUCAGAACUUUUGAUUGUAAUGGUUCGGUUCAUAUCCACAGAAAUAAGAAAGAAUGUUAGG